AUGGGAAUGACCCCGGCCACCCGGACCCAGAUCCACGGACCGUACCAAGGUUCUGACAGCCCGCCUGAAACCUCGCCCACCAGGCAUCAUCGCAGCACGCCACGACGCAUACACUUUCCUGCCACGCAAGUCCUCAUCGGCCAUGCUAACCGAGUCCAGCCCUAUCCGCAGACCGCCACCGGAUCUCCCAAGACUUCCAUGUUGCCUCUCUCGGUGCGCCGCGGCGGCCCCUCCUCCGCCAAGGGCGAGCUCCUGGGUGACUUCGCCUACAUUGAUGGCGGCGAGGUAUCCCAGGCCAACGGAGGUCAGCCGUCGGGCAAUAAUGUCCCGAGUCCAGAAAGCUCAACGCUAUCAAUAAGUCUCCGGGAGUCCUGGACCAACUCCACCGUGCCCAUCCAGGUAAUCCAAAAGCCAGCACCCGUCCUCAACAGCCAAGCCAUAUGGACCGAUGAAUCAACAAACUCAUUCUGGAUCUGGGGAGGAGCAUCUGCAGAUGGGACCCCGCCCCCUCCAGACCAGACAUGGCAAUUCUCCGCCGAUGGGAAUGGAGGUGGCUCCUGGAACCUGAAGCCGCCGUCAAAUCCGAGAAUCUUCAACGAACUGUCACGUCCCGUCGGGUGUGCCCACACCCAAGGCGAUGGUGUAGGAUAUUGCAUGGGCGGGCUCCUGACCAGCCAGUCGAACGCCUCGGUGGCGAGCGACUACGCCGUGGCCGGCCUCGUGAGCUUUGGGAUGAGCUCGUCGGUGUGGACCAACACUUCGAUCGAACGCACGCUCGUGAACGCGCAGGCCGAGUACGCACCGUUUGGUCCCAACGGCCUCAUAUUGCUUCUUGGCGGGACAUCAGGGGACUCGCCGCCCGCUCUCAUCGACUUCGUCAACAUCACAUUCUAUGACCCCAUUACGAAGCAAUUCUUCUCCCAGCAGGCCACCGGCACCAUCCCCACGUCCCGUCAGCGCCUCUGCUCGGUGGGAGUCCCCGGGCCAGGCAAUACCUUCGAGGUUUUCCUGUACGGUGGCCUCAUGGCCGACAACACCGUCUCUGACGAGGUGUUCGUGCUGUCACUGCCGGGCUUCGUUUUCGCCAAGGCAGACAACCCCGGUGCGACCACCGCGCGUGCCGAUCACGCGUGUGUCGCCGUGGGCAGUGGCAAGAGACAGAUGCUCUCCAUCGGGGGCACCGACGCCUCCAAAGGCUACCCUGCAGAGUUCGCGGACCCGGACCCAUGGGCUCAGGGACUUGGGGUUUUCGACAUGACCGCUCUGCUCUGGACGGAUGGGUAUAACAACGAUGCUGGAGCUUAUGAUACCCCAGAAGUUGUGAAGCAGUUCUAUCGUGAUGGAGGGCUGGACAAGGUUCAGUGGACAAGUGACGAGGUAAAAAAUUUGUUCAGUUCCACCACGCCGGGCUUUGGUGCAGGCUCGAACAACAACAACCCUGGGGGUGCCACUAGCGACAAUAGUAAUGAUAAUAAUAACAACAAUAACGACAACAACACGAACGAAAACGAUACAAACAGCUCUACCGGCAGCGGACUAACAUCAGGUCUGUCGAGGCAAGCCAUUCUAGGAAUCUCAAUCGGGUCAUCCGCAGCCCUGCCCAUCCUAAUAGCCGGACUAUAUUUCUUCUGCUGCCGACGGCGGCCCAAAGCCUCCAGAUCGAUAUCCGCCACGACGACAACGACUAUCCACCACCACCCCAAACGGCGCAGCUCGGACGCCAGCAAGGAAGAACGCGAUCAUGACUACAACCUUUCCGAUGUCAGCAAGCGCCCAGCAGUCCGCUCCAUCGACAGCAACAAGAAAGGACACCUAGCCGUUCCAUCCACCCCUCUGGCACGGCGGUCCCUGGAGCAGUACAGCGUACACAUCAAGGGCAACGCAACGCCAAUCAUCAUCAACAGCAACGCGCUGACAGAAACAAGGCCGCUCAUCUCAGGGACAGAACAGCAGCAGCAGCAGCAACAAGGACCGCAAGCGCCAAAGCGGGUCAGGUUCUCGGCGCUGCUGAGGCCGCCGCAGCGCAAGCCCGUGCCCGCCCUCCAGCCGCAGCAGGCCCUCGGCGGCAACCCCGUAACAAUUCGCUCGGAACUGGCCGACCGCCGCGGGCGCCCGGCCCUGCAGGCCAUCCGCACUCGCGCCGCCGCGGCGGCGGCAGCGGGAGGAGGGGGCGGGCCUGUGAAGAGUGGUGGGGUUCGCGUGUACCAGGGGCCGUCGUGA